AGUUUAUGUUUGUGUAUUUCACAACGUAAUAUGUUAUUUAAUUUAACCUUAUGUGGCUGCACUGACUACAUGAAUUCAAGGCUGUCCUUGAAUUCAAGGUCUGACUCCACAGAGAGCUGGUUUUCAAGUGGGAGUGUUUUUCACUGUGUAUACUUCAGAGUCCUGAGCCCCUGACGUAAGGUUCCUUUUUACUGGUGGACACUGCCCUGAGUGCAUGAUCCUCCCGCCCACACAUUAAUGCUUUAGUACAUCACAGACAAAGGCAUCCUGUCUGGCAGUUUCUACCCACAGCAGAUCAGCGCUCAGAUUACGUGACUAAGAUCAGCAGCAGACAAACAUCCUGCCAGCUCUCAUGGCUGUGUUCGUGCUCCUGUUGUUCCUCCUGCAUCAUGCAGCUUGUGACCAACAUGUGACAGUGCACCCUGGAGAUGACGUCACUCUGAGAUGUGAGGCUGGUGAUGUCUCCAUCAGAGCUGUAGAGUGGACCAGACCUGACCUGGAGCCACAGUACAUCCUCUUUUACAGAGAUGGACGCUUAGAAAUAAAGCGACAGCAUCCAUCCUUUACAGGCAGGGUGGAGCUGGAGGACAGAGAGCUGAAGGACGGAGACGUGUCUUUAACUCUGAAGAAUGUGACCAGCAGCGACGCUGGAAGAUACGAGUGUCGAGUUGUAGCAGGUGGAUCAAGACGUACAAAGAGAGCCAUCAUUAAGACUGAUCCAAUCACAGUCAUCGACCUGGAGGUUAGAGGUGCAGAGAAGGAAAACUACAUGGGUGGAAACACAGAGAGUGAACACCCCGUAAAUGGAAACUUCCCUCAUCUAUAUGUUGGACUGGCAACAGGAGUUGUUACAGUGCUUCUUGUAGCUGCUGCAGUGUUUGUUGUCUGGAGAUAUAAAAGACGUACAGACCAAAGAUCAGAACGGUCUGCUGCUGAUGAAGUGGUGGAUGAUGUGACAUGUUACAAACCUCUUAAAACCUGACUGUUCUCUGAUGUGUCUUAUAUAUUUAAUGUGAUUUACUGUCUGUCUGAGGGUCUGAGCUCAUGUGUCACUCUGCUGUUUGAGACUUCUCACCAUGAUGGUCUGUUUAAACUGAUAAUUUCUCCCUUCCGUGAAUCACUACCUUGUCGUGGUGGAGGGGCUUAUGCGCCUGAUGAUUCUGGAUGGAGAUGUUGGAGCACUGAGCUCCUGUUAGGGUCUCCCAUGACAAACCGGUACCAGUGGAGGGUCAGACUAAAUGUGAUUCAGUUCAGAUGUCUACCCUCAUGGCCUCCCCACACUGAGUUUUUAAAAGUACACAAACAUGUCAUUCAUACAGUAAAAACAGUAAAUGUUACUUGCAGCCCUGGCUUUAGUACUGAUGCAUGACAGACCAUGAUGAGUGAUAUUUACUGGCAGCUUUGAGACUCACACUGAUCACACAGACAGUAACAGCGUGAAACAUUGUUACAUGUAGAUACCGUGCUACUGUUACAUGUUGUUUUUUAUGUACGUAGGAGCCAGGAAUAUAUUGAUGUGUUUCUCUAUUAGUAAUAAGGGGAAGGGUUAUUGAUUGUUACUCUUUGGUCUUCUUUGUUUUGGUUAUGAUAUAAUUUAUUAUGUGGUCAUAUUGAGUAGGGGGAUAGCGGGUCACAUGCAUGUGGGCGGGGAUAUCAAGUUACUAUAUUCACCUGUUCACUUGUCAUUAUGGGGGAGAGAGAGAGAGAGGCAGGCAUGAAAAUCUCUCACCUUUCAGCGAAAUUCACUGUUUUGAAUACAAAAUAGGUGACCUACGUGAAUUGUGUAGAUCCGAUGAGAAACUAUUUUUUGGGGGGGAGGGGUCUGUGAAAAAAGACGUAGCGAACAUAUGCGCGCAGGCAUUUCAUGAGAGAAGUUGUCAGUCUUGUCCAAUGGCAGAGUGGCCGGUCACCAAGUGGGCCGGAAAAAGGAAAAGGAAAACCUUUUUAGUAGUAUUAAGUGGGAUUUUUGACUAAAAGUUGACUAUAGGGCCUAUUGCCCAAUUUAUACCUCCUUAGCUAAUGGCUGUGAGCCAUGGAGAUAUAAUAAAUUGGGCUUAUGUAAUACACGAGCAGGGCAGACAGGCAGUUACAUUGUGCAUAAAAUGAGAUGCGUUAGGAGAGAGUCAUAUGCUCUUAUUUUAAGUUAAAUAAUAAGCACAGAGCCAUUUGUAGCCAAUUCAUUAUUGCACUUGUUUUAUAGUCUGGAAUUAAACAAUAACUGCUGAUUUUCUUAUGCAGUUGAUUCUGAGGACAGCGUUUGUGUCGUGUGUACAAGCAUAUAGAGGAUUAUAGGUAGAAGGGUGUGGGCCAGUGCGCCUGAAUGUCCCCGGCUGAAUUUGUGUCCCAAUCCGCCCCUGGUCUCAUCUCUUGUACAACAUAUGUGAACAUGUAAAGAUACUUUAUUUGCACUUAGUUAUACACUCAUACUUUUGUUUUUGUGCAGGCUUGUAAUUAUGCAUGUGACCACCACUUGAGUAAAUCUAAAAGAAAUCAGAUAUGAGCAUUUGGAAGCUCAUUUUUCCACCAAAAAAACAAUCGAGGAGCAUAACCCCAGGACCCCAGAGCAGGUGCCGUAUGUCACUUUUUUCUUUUUUAAAGAUAUUUUUUAGGGCAUUUUUUGCCUUUAAUGGACAGGACAGUUAAGUGUGAAAGGGGGAGAGAGAGAGGGAAUGACAUGCAGCAAAGGGCCACAGGCUGGAGUCGAACCCGGGCCGCUGUGGCAACAGCCUUGUACAUGGGGCGCCUGCUCUACCACUAAGCCACCGAUGCCCCGUAUCUCACCUUUUUCACCCCCUGACCCAUUUUCAUGCCUGGAGCGGGGGUGAGCUGGGUCGCCAUAUUUUUUUGUUGACGCUAUUUUUCUUUGAUUACUGUGAUUACUUUGAUUAGGUGUUGAUCAUCUUUUAUUGUUAAUAAAAAGUUAAACUUAUUUUAUAAAUCUCAGGGGAUUCUUUGUUAAGAGCGUCAGACACUCAGGCCCAACCUCAGUCCCUCAGUGACUCCUUUGUUCUUUGAAAUAGUUAUUUAUAUAUAUAUGUUUAACACUGUUGUAAAUUUGUGUGUAAAAACCAAUAAAGUUCAUUUAAAACAACACUGAG